GCUUCGAAGAGUGUGGUGCCCAGCCCUCAGGCAGGGAGCACCCUGGGGACACACACAUCUCUGCAUCCUCAGCUCAGAAGCCACCAUCAUCAGAGCUAAUGUUUGUUGGCACCUCCACACCCUUGGCAUGGAUUAGCUUCAUCUUCACCGAUGAGGUUAGAUGAAGCAACUUGGAGGUUAAGAAACUCAGCAAGGGUCUUGCUUUCAUCCCCCUGUCGUGCUCCCAGUGAGCGUGAGGCCCGAGAAAACAUGCAGAGCGAUAUGGUUCAAAAACAGUACAGAUAAAUCAAGAUGGAACCCUAAAACAUGUUCAAAUAACCUUCAAGAAAGUAGGAAAAGAGAAACAGGAAACAAACAGAACAUGAGUAAUAGAAUGAUAAAAUGGCAAACCAGUCCGUCUGCCUGCAGGGCAUCGUUCCUAGCACCUGAAUGUGUUGGGUGGGUAGGAGGAGGCAGGUAUGUGCUACUACCAGUCUGGAGCAGCGUGGACAGUGGAGGGAGUGACUGGGAGAAGCAGGCUGCAGGCAAGGUCUGAGUCUGAAAGGCUCCCAGACAAGGGCAAGAGCUCACAUAGGAAAGGAGCAGUAAGGGGGCAUGGUUUUUUCAGGAGGCUUUGCAAAGUCUGGCCUGGUCAGGUAGAGCAUUUUGAAAGGUCUGAAUGAACCUCUGAUGUUUAUGUAUUGAGCACCUAUGGUCGGUUAGUGAGAGUCUACUGAGCACCUGGGAGGGAGGCUUCAGACAGGAUUCCAGUCCCGUGGGCCUGCUGUGACACUGCCAAGGGGACAGUGUUCAGCGUCAAAUCCCCACCCACUCUGCCUGGGGGCAGAGCCAGGUUGGGGCCAUGGGGCUAGCUAUGUGACCUUAAGCAAGUGCCUUCCUCUUGCUCUUUGGCCCAAAGUUGCCUAGUCUAUAAAAUGCAGCUAUGAUGGCACCCAGCAGGUCCUGGGCGUGGCCUGCCCUGUCUGGCCUAAUGCCCUACCUGCUGAGCUGGGUGUCCUCAGGGCACAGACCCUGUCUUUUGUCUCUUGCUAACCUAGAGCUACCAUGACAUCUCCCCUUCAUCCUGUAGCUCUUUCUCAUGCUGCUAUUCCAUAGCAGCGUCGGGCUGGUGGUCAGGCAUGCCAGGGCCCUGGUGGGAAGCGAUGGGAAUGCACAUUUUGGCUGCUAGCUGGCCUGUCUGCCCAGUGCCCCCAUGGCUGCCACUUACAUCUGGCUUAUCACAUAGGGAGUGUUUUGACAGAGUUUGGAUUCAGACUCAGGCUAAAUCCUAGCUCCUCCCCUUCUGAGCUGUGUGACCUGGGGCGAGUCAUUUCCCUCUCUUAGCCUAUCUCCCUGUCUAGCAAAUGGGCACAACCAGCAUGGACAAGGUGGUGUUGAGAGGAUUCUGUGUGGUCCUUGAAAGAUAUUUCUAAUUCAGCUAAACCCCAUUACCUCCAGCCCCAGAGUUACCUUUUCUGACCCGGAGCUGUUCCUGCCUGGCAGGCCAGGGGGACCUCUAGUUAGUGCCAGUUUCCUCAGAGCAUUCCUGAUGUCUCAGGAAAAGAAUAACAGAUGUAAUUAACUCCCAGUGACUGGCAGCAUCGUGUUUUUAUCUGGGCUGCGUUACCAUGGCAGCCUCACGGCAGGGUUGUCGAGGGGGCGGGCAGAGCUAUGGUUCCUGCCAUUGUCUGUUCUGGAACGCAGGCCCAGGAGAAGGGGACCAGCACGGGCACCAAGUGGCACGUGGCUGAAGGCAGCCAUGGAGUCAGGGGCCAUCUGGGGAGAAGUGUGGGGUGGCCCAUGGCCUGGCUGUCCCCCCAGCUUGGGGCUCAGGCUCCCUGUGGCUCUCAAAGCAGAGUGUGUGUGUGCCUUGGACGUGCUGAGGGUAGGAGGGUCCGUGGGGCUCCUGGAAGAGGCCCACAAAGUAGCCCAGGCAGCACUACCCCCCACCCCACCCAGGCUAGGGUUUUGUGGCCAGGCCUGGGUUCAAAUUAUGCUUCCACCACCUGCCAUCUCCACAGCCAGUUUUCCCCAACUCCUCAUCUGUAAAAUAGGAAUCAUUCCAGUUACCCGAAGGCUUUCGUUCAAACCCUUGUGUAUAAGGCAUUCAGGAAAGGCUCAGUUCUGUUCUGCGGGGGCGGUGAGCAGUCACCUGCCACCCUUCACUCAGAGUCAGGGCUCCCUCCUACCUCUUAGGGUGCAAGGUUCCCCCUCUCACCCGCGUUUGUGGAGAGGAGGAAGCGGAACUAGAGAUGCCCAUCUGGCGUGAGUGCAGGACCAGGUCCCGCGCGGCCCCGGGUGAGGCACGCCCGCGCGCCCGCCGGCGCCAUGGGAAGGAGCGGGCGCCGCUGCUGUCCCCCGCCGGCGCGCGCACGACUUGAGACCUGCCACGGGCAGCCCCCGGCCGCGGGUCCCCGAGUGACGCUGGCGGCACCUGAGAGUGUGGCGCGGGCCCGGGGCCACGCAGAGGAGCCCAGAGUCCAGUGAAGCGGCUGAGGACCCGCCGCCCGUGCCGCCGCCAUGGUGAUGUCCCAGGGCACCUACACGUUCCUCACGUGCUUCGCCGGCUUUUGGCUCAUCUGGGGUCUCAUCGUCCUGCUCUGCUGCUUCUGCAGCUUCCUGCGCCGCCGCCUCAAACGGCGCCAGGAGGAGCGACUGCGCGAGCAGAACCUGCGCGCCCUAGAGCUGGAGCCCCUCGAACUCGAGGGCAGUCUGGCCGGGAGUCCCCCGGGCCUGGCGCCGCCGCAGCCACCGCCGCACCGCAGUCGCCUGGAGGCGCCGGCGCACGCGCACUCGCAUCCGCACGUGCACGUGCACCCGCUGCUGCACCACGGGCCCGCGCAGCCGCACGCGCACCCGCAUCCGCAUCCACACCCACAGCCGCACCACCACGCGCUCCCGCACCCGCCGCCUCCGCACUUGUCGGUGCCGCCACGGCCCUGGAGCUACCCGCGCCAAGCGGAAUCGGACAUGUCCAAGCCACCGUGUUACGAAGAGGCGGUGCUGAUGGCCGAGCCGCCGCCGCCCUACAGCGAGGUGCUCACGGACACGCGCGGCCUCUACCGCAAGAUCGUCACGCCCUUCCUGAGCCGCCGCGACAGCGCGGAAAAACAGGAGCAGCCGCCUCCCAGCUACAAGCCGCUCUUCCUGGACCGGGGCUACACCUCCGCGCUGCACCUGCCCAGCGCCCCUCGGCCCGCGCCGCCCUGCCCAGCCCUCUGCCUGCAGGCCGACCGUGGCCGCCGGGUCUUCCCCAGCUGGACCGACUCAGAGCUCAGCAGCCGCGAGCCACUGGAGCACGGGGCUUGGCGUCUGCCGGUCUCCAUCCCCUUGUUCGGGAGGACUACAGCCGUAUAGAAGGGCGCCCGGCGCCCCGGGCCCCACCGGCGGACUCCUGGCCUGACUGCGGGGCUUUUUAAAUGCUUCCCUGGACUGCGGGGAGGGGCGGGGGGAGGGAGGGAUUUCUUAUCCCGUUUGUUACAUUUUGAGGAUAAUAAAGGUGUGUGAUCUGGUUUGGUACAAGCGGA